CACUUCCGGGACGCUUCCUCGCGGGGCCUUGUGGGUAGCCGGCCGGGGUCUCCUGGCGACGAUGAUGGCGGGGUAUGUGGGCGGUCGCAGCUGCACCGAUUCGGAGCUGCUGCUGCACCCGGAGCUGCUGUCCCAGGAGUUCCUUCUCCUCACCCUGGAGCAGAAGAACAUAACUGUUGAAAAUGACAUGAGAGUAAACAAAGACAGUCUGACCGAUCUUUAUGUUCAGCAUGCAAUACCACUGCCUCAGAGAGAUUUGCCAAAGAAUAGAUGGGGGAAGGUGAUGGAAAAGAAAAGAGAACAACAUGAGAUAAAAAAUGAGACGAAAAGGAGUAGCACUGCAGACGGGUUUCGGAAAAGACCCCUCAUCGUGUUUGAUGGGAGUUCAACAAGUACAAGCAUAAAAGUGAAGAAGACUGAGAACGGAGACAAUGACCGACUCAAGUCCCGGCCUCAGGCCGGCGCUACCAGUAAUGCCUUUCGAAAAUUGUCAGAUUCCUCUUCAGGUGUUUCACCCCUAAUUUUGUCUUCCAAUUUGCCUACGAACAAUAGAAUGGAACACAGUAAUAAUGACACUAAACAGAACCAUGACUUAACGCAUAGGAAAAGUCCUUCCGGCCCUGUGAAGUCGCCGCCUUUGUCGCCUGUAGGCAGUACUCCAGUGAAGUUAAAGCGCGCCGCUCCCAGGGAGGAGGCCGAGGCCGAGGCCGCGAAUAACCUGAAGCCCCCAGAAGCAAAGAGGAAGAUACAGCAUGUUACAUGGCCGUGAAGGAAAGUUUCCAAAAACAAACACUCGCUGAAGUCUCCCAGGAUGCCCUCAGUUGCCCGGGUGUUGAUAACUACACGGGCGACCAAGAUGUCAUUUCCGGCCUCGAGGUGCCUGUGUGCCUCUGCACCCCUCCACUUACGGAGGAGAAGGCAGGCCACUGUCAGGUCCGGACCCAUGAUGAUGGGAGGGCCCCGAGCUCUGUCCAGAAGAGUGACCCCAUGCUGCCUGCGAGGCCGUUAGCCCAUGUGCGGGGCCUGUGUCACUGCAUCAGAGGCAGAGCACUGAAUUCCAAGAGAAAGAAAUUCCAACCGAGACUUUCUCUUAAAUAAAAGGUGGGAUGCCGUUUCAGUCGACACCCACCCAGCCCGCCAGAGUGAUGAGUGGCACCCGCAGUAAAGUGUUAUUCGUACUCAGAACCUGAAUGCU